AUGGCUGCUGCAGUUGCUUCACUAUUUGGAUACAACUCCUCCCCAGAAAUCAAGAAAUCCCAGAAUAUUCCCGAUAAAUCCCUUAAAGCCCUUCCAGCUUCUUGGUAUAGCUCACCAGAGCUGUACGAGCUAGAACGAAGAGCGAUAUUUUCCAAGAAAUGGAUCCUCGUCACUCACAAGUUACGUUUCACCAAACCCGGCGACUUCCUCAAAAUUGAAGAAGCAGGAUUCUCUUUCGUACUAUGUCUCGAUCGAGAAGGCAAUCUGAAUGGCUUCCACAACAUCUGCCGUCAUCGGGCAUUUCCCCUCCUAUCAGAAAACGAGGGCAACGCACGAAUCCUCUCCUGCAAAUAUCACGGCUGGUCCUACGGUCUCAACGGGAAACUGGCCAAAGCACCGAAGUUCGACGAAGUCCCAGACUUCGAUAAGAAGAGCCAGAGUCUCUUCCCAGUGCAUGUGCAUGUCGACAAGCUGGGCUUUAUUUGGGUCAACCUUGACGCAUCGCCAAAUCCAAUUCCUUGGGAAGAAGACUUCAAAGGCGUGGAUGAGCAAGAACGAUUCCAGAGAUUCGAUUUCAGUCAGUACAAGUUCGAUCAUACUUGGCAGAUGGAUGGCAACUAUAACUGGAAAACUCUGGCUGAUAACUACAAUGAAUGUUAUCAUUGUACUGUUGCCCAUCCUGACGUGGCCAAUCUGGCUGAUCUGUCAUACUAUUAUACCAUCUCGACACCGGGACAUAUUCAGCAUUUCUCCCGACCGCAGGAGGGGAAAGUGGCGGACGAUAUCCAUAAUGCCAGUACUUAUUAUUUCCCCAAUGCGUGCAUGACUGUCUCGCCACACUUUUUCUACAUGAUGCGAUGCGUCCCGACAUCUGCUGGAGCCUGUUCUAUGGAAUAUGAAGUUUACCGACACAAGGAAGCCUCGGAUGAGGACUUUGAGUACAUUGAUUCAUUCUUCAAGCGAGUUCUGGAUGAGGAUAAGCAUCUUUGCAAUGCGGCGCAGAAGAACUUGAAUGCCGGCGUGUUUGUCAAUGGUCAACUGCAUCCUCGUCUUGAGAGUGCGCCAAUCUACUUCCAGAACACGGUUAGAGCUCUUCUUGUUUCUCAUAGGGAUGAGGAGAAGAGUGAGAAGCGGGAGAUCUGGCCUGCGCGGCAGCAUUCGGCGGGACAGGCUACUGCGGAGGACAUUGCCUUUUGUGCUGGGUUAUCCUGUUCCAGUGAAGGAAAUAGAGAGUUAGAAUGGUGA